AUGGCGGCCAUUCCGAUCAUUGUCAAGCACGCGGGCAAGCGCCACGAAGUCGAGCUCGACCCGACCUCCAACGGCGAGACAUUGAAAUACCAGCUUUUUUCCCUCACAGGAGUCGAACCUGAUCGUCAAAAGGUCCUGGUUAAGGGUGGCCAACUAAAGGAUGAUACCCCGUUGUCCUCCCUCAAGGCCAAGCCAGGGCAGACUUUCAUGAUGAUGGGCACCCCAUCGGGUGGCCAAGGAUCUGCAGACCUCGGUCGGCCGAAAGAGACAGCGAAGUUUUUGGAGGAUAUGACGGAGGCGGAGAUUGCCCAACAGGAGGGCGCUACGCCUGCUGGUUUGCAGAACCUGGGCAACACUUGCUACUUGAACUCCACCCUGCAAACACUGCGAAGUGUUCCUGAGCUGCAGGAGGAGCUCCAGCGCUAUCACCCUGGUCGCUCUGGGCAGACUGGGUUGGCCGACUUGAGCAGCUUUGGCCUCGGCGGCUUGGAUAGCUCCAGGGACAUGGCUGCGUCGCUUCGGGAUUUGUUCAAGCAGAUAGGGCAUCCCCCUCUCAUGUUUCUGAAUGCUCUCCGUACCGCCUUCCCUCAGUUCGCUCAGCGAGACCGUAACGGAGCCGGAUAUGCCCAGCAAGAUGCUGAGGAAGCUUGGUCGCAAAUCGUGACCCAGCUGCGGACCAAGCUGACCAUAACUAACGGUACUGGAGAGGCUUCCUCUCAGACUUCAUUUGUCGAUAAAUACUUCGCAGGCCAGUUUGAGUCGGUUCUGGAGUGCGAUGAUCCUGCAGCGAAGGAAGCCGGCGAGCAGCCGACGAACUCUUCCGACGUCUUUUUCAAGUUGGAUUGCCACAUCGGAAAGGAAACCAACCAUCUUCAGGACGGCAUUUUGUCGGGAUUACAAGAGCAGAUUGAGAAGCAUUCCUCUGCUUUGGACCGGAAUGCCUUGUACACUAAGAAGUCGCGCAUCGCUCGACUGCCCAAGUACCUCACCGUGCAUUUCGUUCGCUUCUUUUGGAAGCGUGAGACUCAGAAGAAAGCCAAGAUCAUGCGCAAAGUCACAUUUCCUGCUGAGCUCGAUAUUGUGGAGUUCUGCACCGAUACCCUGAAGAAGCAGGUUAUUCCGGUUCGCGACAAGGUCAGGGAGAUCCGUAAGGAUGAGGUCGAUAUCGAGCGCUCUCAAAAGCGCCAGAAGCUUUCUCACAAGCGUGAGGAGGAGCAAAAGCAGGAAGAGGAGGAGACUGGUGGAAAGAAGGAGCCGAUGCAGAAGAAGAAAGAGGCCGCCGAAAACAAGGAGAAGUCGAAGGCAAACGACAAGGACGGCGACACUAAUAUGGAGGAAAACUACAAGACCGAUGCUGAAUAUGAGGCCGAAAAGAUUGCUGCUGUUCAAGCUGCUAAGAAAGAGCUGUAUGACUUGGUCCAGCAGAACGGCGUCGCCGAUAGCGGCACAAACCAGUCUGGCUUGUAUGAGUUGCGGGGUGUGAUCACUCACCAAGGAGCCAGUGCCGACAGUGGUCACUAUACUGCCUAUGUCAAGAAGCAGGCUCGUCAGGACAACUCUCAGUCCGGUAGCAAGCGUCGUGAGGGUGAUGACGAUGACAACAAGUGGUGGUGGUUUAACGACGAUAAGGUAACCGAGGUCGAGGCCGACAAGAUUGAAACCCUUGCAGGUGGUGGCGAGUCUCACUCGGCUCUUAUCCUGCUUUACCGCGCCAUUGAGCUGCCCACCCAGGAGUAA